AUGGCUAUAGAGACCAGCUUCAUCUCGUUACUAUUUGUCGUUUUGAUUUCUGUUUCCGGGGCUGCUAGUAACGACGGCGAUUUCCGCGGUGCUGUUUUCGGCGUGAAUUCCAAAUUCUCUGGCAAGGAACGAUCACUUAGUCUUUUCAAAGCUCACGAUAACCUUCGUCAUCUUCAGAUUCUAGCAUCUGGUGUCGACCUACCUCUCGGUGGAACCGGUCGUCCUGAUGCCGUUGGGGCUUGUGUAGGGAUGAAAUCAAGUUUCCAUACCGAUACCAUGAUGAUAAUUGGCAUAAGAUUCGAUUUAGAUAAAUGGCUUUACUAUGCCAAAAUUGGAAUUGGAACACCACCAAAGGAAUACUAUGUGCAAGUAGAUACAGGAAGUGAUAUAAUGUGGAUAAACUGUAUACAAUGCCGAGAGUGCCCCAAGAGAGGCUAUCACGGGCUGGAACUUACACUAUACGAUCCAGAAGAUUCAUUCACAGGGAAAUUGGUUACAUGCUCUCAAGAUUUUUGUGCAGAGAUCAAUGGUGGUGCAGUUACAGGUUGCAAAGCCAAUGCAUCUUGUCUAUAUACAGAGACUUAUGGUGAUGGAAGCUACAGUAUUGGUUACUUUGUAAUGGAUGUUGUUCAGUAUGACAGUGUCUCAGGUGAUUUGGAAACUAAGCUAGCAAAUGGAAGUGUCAUAUUCGGGUGUGGUGCUAGACAAUCUGGGAAUCUAGGUUCAUCUGAGGAUGCACUUGAUGGGAUUCUUGGAUUUGGAAAAUCAAAUUCAUCAAUCAUUUCACAGUUGGCUUCAUCUGGAAAAGUGAAAAAGAUGUUUGCUCAUUGUCUAGAUGGUGACAAUGGUGGUGGUAUUUUUGCAAUUGGUCAUGUUGUUCAACCCAAAGUCAACUCAACACCUUUGAUCCCAGAUCAGCCUCAUUAUGCUGCAAAUCUGAUGGGAAUUGAAGUUGGAAAACAAUUUCUAAAUAUUUCAACAAAUACAAAUGGUUCUGGGGACAAAAGAAGAACAAUAAUAGAUAGUGGUACAACAUUGGCUUAUCUUCCAGAUGCAAUCUACAAGCCCUUGGUCAACGAGAUAGUCAUAGCGCAGCCUGAUUUGAAACUACACACCCUUCAUGACCAGUAUACAUGCUUUGAAUUCUCCAGAAGUGUUGAUGAUGGAUUUCCUCCGGUUACAUUCUAUUUUGAAAAUUCACUUUCCUUGAAGGUUUAUCCACAUGAUUACUUAUUCGCCUUUGAAGAUUACUUGUGUUUUGGCUGGCAAAAUAAUGGCAUGGAUUCUCUUAGUUCAUCAGACACACUUGUACUUGGAGAUUUGGUCCUAUCAAAUAAGCUUGUGUUAUAUGAUCUUGAAAAUCAAACAAUUGGAUGGACUGAGUAUAAUUGUUCUUCAAGCAUUAAACUAAGGGAUGAAAUUACUGGAUCAGUGCAUUUAAUUGGAGGGAGCGGCCUCGCCUCCAGCUCGCCAAGACACGUCGCAAACUUGCCAAGACCACCCCUCAUUCCAUCUGAAUCUGCUGCGCGAUUUCUCCAGGGUUUCUCAUCUGGUGAAUUACGCAUGGAUUACAGGAUGCCUGAUAAUGAUGUUGAGGGAAUCGAUUACAUGGCAGAUGAGGUGGACAUUUUGGAUUUUGUGAUGGAUGAUGAUGAAAUCAAUGGUGAUGAAGCUCGAUUUGCUGAUGAUAAUGAAAUGGUGACAGAUACAUCUUCAGCUCAAGCAAGAAGAGGCAAAGACAUUCAAGGCAUCCCAUGGGAAAGAUUGAAUAUAACAAGAGAAAGUUACAGACAAACAAGACUUGAACAAUACAGAAACUAUGAAAACAUUCCAUUAUCAGGUGAUGCUGUUGAUAAGAAAUGUAAACAGAAGCAAAAAGGUGGCAACUACUAUGAAUUUUUCCAUAACACCAGAAUAGUGAAGCCUACAAUUCUUCACUUUCAGCUAAGGAAUCUUGUGUGGGCUAACUCAAAACAUGAUGUGUAUCUCAUGUCUAACUACUCAAUUAUGCAUUGGUCAUCAUUAUCUUACAAUUUAACUGAAAUUCUUAAUUUCUCUGGCCAUGUAGCACCCACUGAGAAACAUGCUGGAAGUUUGCUUGAAGGUUUUACACAAACUCAAAUUAGUACACUUUCAGUCAAAGAUGAUUUUCUUGUUGCUGGAGGCUUUCAAGGAGAGCUUGCUUGUAAGAGGUUGGAUAAACAAGGAGUAAGUUUCUGCACAAGAACAACUUACGAUGACAAUGCAAUAACAAAUGCUGUUGAGAUAUAUGAUAGCUUAAGUGGUGGAAAGCAUUUUAUGGCAUCAAAUAAUGAUGGUGGUGUGAGAGAAUACGAUAUGGAGAGAUUUCAGCUUAUGAAUCACUUUCGUUUUCCUUGGCCAGUCAACCAUUCUUCGCUAAGCCCGGAUCGCAAACUUAUAGCUGUGGUUGGAGAUCAUCUUGAUGCACUUGUUGUAGACUCAACAAAUGGAAAAACAGUGGGAUCGGUGGAGGGACACCUGGACUACUCAUUUGCAUCCGCGUGGCAUCCGGAUGGAAGAAUAUUUGCAACAGGAAACCAAGACAAGACAUGCAGAGUGUGGGACCUACGAAACCUAUCAAACCCGGUUUCGGUUCUCAAGGGGAACAUGGGGGCAGUCCGGUCAGUUCGGUUCUCAUCAAACGGGCAGUUUUUGGUGGUGGCUGAACCGGCUGAUUUUGUUCAUGUUUAUGACACCAAUUUAAACUAUGAAAAACGACAAGAAAUUGAUUUUUUUGGGGAGAUUUCCGGGGUGUCGUUGAGCCCUGAUGACGAAUCACUUUAUAUUGGAGUGUGGGACCGGACUUAUGCCAGUUUGUUACAGUAUAACAAACGCCAUAACUAUGGUUACCUUGAUUCCUUUGUGUAGUAAGUAGUGUGUGUAGGGAGGGGGUACUAGUCUAGAUGAUGCUUAAUAAUGUUGUUUUUUUUUUUUUUUUUUUUUUUUUUUGGAA